GUGGGGAGAUUUAGCCGCUUGUCUUCUCGUAACUUGAUGCAAGUCAUGUGUUAAGUACUAGUACAUUGAGCUGAAAAGUCAGUUGCCCUUAUUCAAGCUUCUCUCAGGAAGACUGGUGAGUGUACUAGGAUCAAGAAGUGAGGAAAAAACUUCGAGGCUUGCAGCAGGGAUAUUUUUACACUGUCUGUCCGCAUCCUAAGAAAGGAGAGGAAUGGGCUGUAACAGAAACUGUGGGCUCCUCACUGGGGCCAUCAUCGGUGCUGUGCUGGCAAUCUUUGGAGGAAUUCUGAUACCAGUUGGAGAUAACAUUAUAGAUAAAGCAAUAAAAAAGGACACUGUCAUUUCAAAUGGUACCAUUGCUUUUGAAAAUUGGCUUGUGCCAGGAAGUACAGUUUACAGGCAAUUUUGGAUCUUUGAUGUGCAAAAUCCAUCAGAAGUAUUAAACUCUGGAGCUCAUCCAAAACUUGAACAAAGAGGACCGUAUACAUACAGGGUGAGAUAUUUACCCAAAGAAAAUAUCACUGAAAAUCCUGAUGGAACAAUAUCCUAUAUGUUGCCUAAUGUUGCUCAUUUUGAACCUGAUAUGUCUGUUGGAACGGAAAAUGAUACCAUUACAUGCCUCAACCUUGCUGUUGUUGCUGCACCAGCUCUGUACACAAACGCUUUCAUACAACUGCUAUUAAACACUUGGAUGAAAUCUUCUAAGUCAGUCAUGCUGCAGAAUAGAACAGUGAAAGAAAUACUGUGGGGAUACAAAGAUCCCUUCUUGAGCAAAAUCCCCUUCCCCUUGAACCCAGUUCUGGGAGUCUUCUAUCCGUAUAAUGGGACAUAUGAUGGACUUUAUAGAGUUUUUACUGGGAAAGAAGACAUAAGCAAAACAGCAAUAAUUGACACCUAUAAGAACAAAAGGAAUCUUUCAUACUGGGAAGGUCACUGUGACUUGGUUAAUGGCACAGAUGGGGCAUCGUUUCCCCCGUUUGUUAAGAAGGAUCAGGUACUUCGUUUCUUCUCCUCUGAUAUUUGCAGAUCGAUCUAUGGAGUUUUUCAGAGCAAGCAGACUGUGAAGGGGAUCCCACUCUACCGUUUCACAGUUCCCCGUGAAGCAUUUGCAUCGCCUGCUGAAGUUAAAGAUAAUUACUGCUUCUGUACAGACUACGUCAUAUCACAGAACUGCACAUUAGCCGGAGUCCUAGACAUCAGUGCCUGCAAAGCAGGAAGACCAGUGUUUAUUUCUCUUCCACAUUUUCUGCAUGCAAGUAGUUCUAUAUUGCAUGAUGUUGAAGGCCUGAGCCCAAAUGAGGAGGAGCAUGAGACAUUUUUAGACAUAGAGCCUAUCACUGGUUUUACAUUACAAUUUGCCAAAAGGCUGCAAGUAAACCUCCUGGUGAAGCCUGCACCGAAAAUUGAAGCUUUAUCAAAAGUCCAGAAACCUUAUAUUUUUCCUAUUCUUUGGCUAAAUGAGUCUGCUGUUAUUGGGGAUGCAAAAGCAGAAAUGUUCAGAAAUAAAGUCACCAAUCGGGUCCAGAUGUUGAGUGUGCUGCAGAUGGUGUUAAUCAUCGCAGGUUCUGUGCUGUUCCUCGCAUUCAUGGUUUCCUAUUUCAUAUGCAGAACAAAGAAAUUAAAAUAAUUAAAAGAAGACUUCAAAGGUAAGCAAUCUUUACCUGAAAUUUCAGCCAAGCAGCAUGUUAAAAUUCGGAGACAAAAGAUAUGAUCCAAGGCACGCUCAGUCCAACAUGCUUUUCCAUUCUGAGAAGACCAACUCACUAAUCCGGAUAAGCUGAUGUUUCCAAAGGCCUACGUGUCUGAUGUCACUAAAGAGGCCACCAUGGAAAUGAUACUUUCAAAUAACUUUUAUUAUAUGAACCUUGUUACAAAUAUUAAGUGACAUUCAAGCAGACUGAAGCUGAGAUGCAGUUUGGAAUUUAGUCCACUUUCUGCCAUUUAUGCAACUUGCUACUUUUUUUCUUCUGGGAUUUACAAGAUAAAUGAAAGCUGUUUGCUGGUGUUCUGCCUCUGAGCAUAGGCAGGGGAAUGACAACAUCAUUGAGCUCACGCCAUGCUCUACACGCUCUAAUUGCAAUGUUUUCCUUCUGUUCCUUCAAGGAAUGGAAGCUGCUGCAAUAGAACUGCUCUCUGUCCUCUAUUCAGGGAUGUGAAUUGUGUUGAAUGUGAAGUUUAUUAUGUAAAGCUACUAACUGUAACACAUGAUGUUAAUAAAAGACUUACUGAAAUAUUUGUUUUAUACAUUUAUGCAGAGCUGGCCCAUGCACACAUGCAAUCAUUCGUAGGUUAACAGGGACUUACCAACAUUUGGCUCCACGGCUCAGUAAUCUGAGCUACUCUCUAACUCCCAACCUGCUCCACUGCUUCCUGCAUGCUUCUGUUUCUGACUCUUGCUUCACCACCAGCCUCUGCUCUGCCCUAACCCCACUUUGCCCAAGGCCUUCUUUAGGCAAUGAUUUGAUAUGUCACCCUUCAGGUCAAGAGAAAAUAUCCCAGAAUUCUAGACAUAGGAAAGACUGAGACAACGAUUCUGAUCAAAAAUCAUUCCAUUCCACUCCCUGGCUAUAGAAGAAAUAAAGGAAGACAGGUAGCCCCAGCUCUUCACUGAUAGCUCUCUGCUGCAAGGAAAUAUGUGCAGCCCUCUUCAACAAGGUGCAUUAGCCUCCAGGCAGGCAGGUAGCAAGCACUGCCAUUUGUGCAAGUGGUUUACUUUUUCAAUGAAUUUGUUUGUCAUAUCUUAGGAAUAAGAGUCAGUUGGACACUUUUUGAGAAUUGUGGGGUGUUUCCUUUUCCCAUGGACUCACUGAAAUCAGAACAAGACCACUUUGUAAGAUUUAUUCUGGAAACUUUUUGUUCUGUAAAAUAAGAGCUGCAAAGGAAAAGGAAAAUCAAACGCAGGCCCGCUUCUCAUAGCCUGGCAUCUGGAAAUACUGCUAAAACGGACUUCAGCACUGAAAGGUUUGUCUUGCUAGCAAAGGACAGUAUCUUUAGCCCGGUAUCCUUAACAUGGUGUUUUCCUUCUUUGGAAAUAAAGGGAAAGAAAUCCAAGAUACUAAAAUGUUGUUGUUUUAAUCCCGUGCUCCUUGUGGACAGAGCUGUGUAGCUACCUAUAAUGGCACUUUGGAGCUGAUAUAUCACAGAAAACCCAAGAGACUUUUCUUGAAGGCAAGGUCUGAUUCAUGGUUACAUUGUUUUUCCAGCCAUGAGCUGGAAAGACAAAGCAAGAGGGCAGGAGACGUGAAGGAAGCACUACAGUGAAGGCAAACUACGCUCUCACGUAGACAGCUAAUGUAUUUGAAUACUCAUGGUGCUAGUAAGUGAAACAAAAAGUGCCCUUGCUUUCUUCUCUACAUCAUUGCUGGUGUCAUAUGUAAUACUCUGUUCCUUCAGAAGCCUGGGGACAGUCUGACACAAUUUAAGGCAUCCCUAGAGGCCUAGGUACUGGUCAAGAAAGUAUGAUGACAACUACAAAGGUUUUGCUUGAAGUCGUUACCUCCUCUUAAGCUGAAAUAAGCACAGCUUUGCUGUGGUUCAAGAUUUGAAAACUAGUCUUUCAUGUGAGAGUUUAGUGGUGGGGUCUUUUCUUCCAAGGAAUAACAGCAAAGCUCCCGUUAAUUUUAAUAUGCUAGCAUUUCAGCUUCAUUUUUUUGACUUGAAGUCCAUUGUCAGCAAAUCAGUGUUUGCUCUAUUAUUGUUGCUUAGUGCUAUUUAGUGAUUCAGCAGCAGUGAUCCAGCAAGUCAGGCCAUGAUUUUAGAUGUCUCAGGGCCCACUUUUCCAUGCACACAAAUAAGUUUGUCCAUAUAUAUAAUCUCAUUGUUCUCAUUGCAGGUUUGGACUCUUAAACUAUGUUCAGCACCGAGACUGCACUUGAAUUAUAAUUAGUAUUUCUAUUUUUGUCCAGAAGAUUGGUUACAGUUAUUUUCUUGAUUCAUGUCAUUAAGGCUAAUGUUAAUUAUUUAUAUUCGUUAAACCACAUGUGGGAUAAACACUUAUUAGAAAUUUUAAUUAACUUAAUAAAAAGAAAACAAAGCUCAAAAUCUUUUUUCUGAGAUCCUCAUGUUCAGCUGUAAAUAAACUCUUCUGUGUUGGAUACUGAA